UUCUGGUCCAACAGGGGGCGCCAAGAAGAAGUCAACGAGUUCACUCAGCCACAACAUUAUUUGGGUUUCAAUCGACAAGUUGAUGUUUGGAUCGUCGUGUUUAAGGGCUGAUAGCUGAAACUUUGAACUCACGCAAUUAUUUUGUUUUCUAGACGGAAUAUGGAGGAAUUAAGACAUCAGGUUAUGAUAAAUCAGUUUGUUCUUACAGCCGGAUGUGCGGCAGAUCAAGCAAAGCAACUUUUACAAGCUUCACAUUGGCAGUUUGAGACUGCGCUCAGUACAUUUUUCCAAGAAGCCAAUAUUCCUUACAGCCAUCAGAUGAUGUGCACUCCAGCCAACACACCGGCGACGCCUCCCAACUUCCCAGAUGCCUUAGCCAUGUUUUCCCGCCUAAAAGCCUCCGAAAGCUUCAGCAACGGUAGUCCUAUUGCUUCAAUGGCCACGUCACCGGCUCCUCACGUCAGCUGGGCUAUGAGCCCUCCAGCGAUGCCUGGACACCAGGGACGGUGGACCUCAGGUCAGCUUCCAGCACAGACGGCAUCACCCGGCUGGCCAGCAGCUGUAACUCAACAAGCCUCCGCCGAGCAUGCCAGCAUUGUCAUGGAGGCCGAAAGAUAAAAACUGUUUAGCUAACCAUCACAGCUUACAGGAACAGGAGGACGGUCCUUCCUCUUGAUGAUUUUGGGCAGUUGAUGUAAAACGCUGUGCUGAGAGCACAGGGUGAAAAUGGGAGAUUCAUGGCAGCACUGAUGAUGGAGCAGCUUACGCUCGCUCUUCUGAAGAUACGGGAGAUCAGAGACUCUUACGGUUAUAUUUUCUGCAGAUUACCAAAAACAUGGGCGCAAGAUGAUAUGUAAUUAUGUAGCAUAUUCAAGGAUAACCUCAGACCAAAGAAUGUGUUACUGAAUCAUAUUUUCAGCAGUCGAUUAAUGGCUAAUCUUUUACAACAUGUUGCACCGUAUACUACAGUGACUUAAUGGAGAGAAUUACUACAAUGAUUUUCUGGCUAUUUUUGUAAUGAUUGAUUUCUUACUGGUUCUCAGUAGUGCCCAAAAAUGAAUUGGCUAAGGAUUAGGAAGAAUUUUUAUGUCCAGAAGUAUUUCUACAUGUGGCCUUUACCUCUGAAUACUGAAUUUUGUUUCAGACAUGGUCAGCAGCACUUAAACAUUUGUUUGUUUUAUCAUGAAUCCCUAUUUUAUUAUACAGAAACAAUGUUUUUUGCUUGUUUCUCACAGAUCAUCUCCCUGUUUAACUGUCUUUAUACUGCCUCCACAAUAUUUGUGGAUUAUGUGAUGGUUUAUCAUUUCCUAAUUGAUGUGUUUAUAAUAAAUAUUGUAUAUAUAUUGGAAAAAA